AUGUAUGCAAAUGCAGGUGUGAAUAUAGAUGCAACUGCAGAUAUGAAUGCAGUAACUGAUGUAUAUAAUUGUGUGAAUAUGAAUGUGAAUGUAAAUAUAAAUAUAAAUGCAAAUGUUGAUGUAAAUGCAGUAACUAAUGUAUAUAAUUAUGUGAAUGUAAAUAUGAAUGCAGAUAUAAAUAUAGAUGCAAAUAUAAAAGUAAAUGUAAAUAUAAAUGCAAAUGCAGCAACUAAUGUACAUAAUUCAGAGUUCUUUAAUAUAUUUCUUAAAACAAUAAAAGAUAAUUAUGAACAUUGUAGAUCACAACUUCAAGCAGCCCUUGAGAAAUUAACCAAGAGAUACAAUGCAGCAAAAGCCAAAUCAAUUCUAGUAUUAAUAUCAUUUCUUAAUAGCAUAAAUUAUAAUUCGAAUCCACUUAGGCAUGUAAGAAGUGAUGCUAAAAUUCAUGUGCAAGUUAAAUUAAUUAAGCAUAGAAAAACUGAAUCAAGUGUAAAAAAAUUUAAAGACAAAGAAAAUUGUAAUUGUGAUUCUCAUGUUAUUCCAGCAUGCAAAGUUAGAGUGAUUAGUAAAAAAAGACACAAUCUUAGUUAA